UAGCAGAUGAACUCGAGAAAUGGAGAUAUGACAGAGUAAUAACGACUUAUUACAUGUACACGAUUAAGUUAUUACAAACGUAAAGUGAUGGAGGACGGAAACAGGACUGAUGCUGCUUCCACAUCCAAGAGCCACGCAGGCUCACUCCACCUGCAGACUCCAAAAAACGAGGAUGCUUAUGAAAUUGCCAUCCCCUAUGAGGAGAGCAACUUUGAGCAGCAAGGCUUUUUCAACCAGAGUGAUCAGAAUUUUGAUGAUUCACCCCCAUCAGCUGGCCCGUCUCCAGUCAACAACUCAUACAUGGUGAUCACCAACCUGCGGACCCAGCUACAGAUCUCUCUGGAGAAAAACUCUUGGCUGCAGAAAAGAAUUGAGGACCUGGAAGAGGAGAGGGACUUCCUCCGAUGCCAGCUCGACCGCUUCAUCUUUUCCACAAAGAGCCAGGGACAGGAGCAGAGUCAGAGCCAGUAUAGUAACGGUUAUGAGUCCAGACGCUUCAACUGGAGGGCAAGAAGAGAGGAAGAUCGUUCUGCUGAGCAACAGAAGUCAGAUGCACAGCAUUUCCCGUCACGUCAGUUUAUCCAGCGAAGGCCUGGUCCUCCAACUAUGGUGCCUUCCAAAAACCAUGUGUCCAGUCCACUAACCAAUCAGCUUGCCUCUAUGAAUGCUUUGUUCAACUCUACACAAUCCCAGGCCCUAUUGCAAGGCCAUAGUCAUAGUACUCCCAGUACCACAGCCAGCGGCAGCAGUGGCAACAGCAACAGUGCUACAAGGUCAUCCAUGAAUGAAAUGAGUGGACAUGCCAACAUAGGUCCAGAUUCCCUUUCACUCCUGGGAGAAUCUGACGACUACUUGGAGCAGGACGGCUACCUUGAGGAGGAAGAAAUGAUAUCAGGGGAAGAUGUAAUGUCAGACACCAUUAACAGCAAUAGACACCAGUUAAAGAGAAGGCGAGUCUUCCGAGUCCCUAGAGAGCGGCAGAGAGUAAAAGAUGCUGCUGGAGUGCUGUUUCGCUACAAGAAAAUCCUGCUUACAUACCAGCGUCUGAAAAAUAUGUCCAAAGCCUUCCAAAUCCAUGGUGUGGACCGCAACACAGUGGCUUCCACCACACCCAUUGCUGAAUUGCUGCUAGUUGCCCCAGAGAAGGUGGCGGAGGUGGGUGAGUUUGACCCAUCCAAAGAGAAGCUGCUGGACUACGCCCGGCGCUGCUACACUGCCCUCGAUGAGGAGACACUCAGCAGGGUGCAGGCGCUAAAGAAGAAUAACCUGCUCUUGCCCAUCUCCUACAGGUUCAGACACUGAGGGGAGAAAGAGCAAGGGAUAGGAAGUGUCUCUAGAAAACAGAUGGAGUUGGUGGUUGAUAGAGGAAAGGAGAGGAGAAGCAACUGGGUUCUGCUGCAGCAGGCCAGCUCACCUCCGAGGAACAGAGAUCUCCAGAGGGAAGAGGAAUUAUUUUACCAACUCAGCAUCGUGGAUAUGACCAUGUAGGCUGCAGCUGAGAUCUUUACUUUUCAGACAAACAAACUUUUCACGUCUCACUUUUAUUAUAAAUACUGAACAGGUGUAUCUCGUUUCUUUGACAAAUCCUCACCAUUGUUCCAGUGAUUUUGAGGAUGUGGGAGUGCCUGCUGCAGCCCGAAAGGGAAAGAAACAUGGUUUUUAUUUCUCAAAGAUCAAAAUAGCAUGUCUGUGUGAUUCAGACUUUGUGAACAAGAAUGUGUCUUCACUGUUAUAGAGGAGAUUGCUUUUCUGCGCUACAUAAAUGAGUGCAACCAACAUUGCUCUUACACAUUUCAGCGUUUAGGUUUGCAGAGACACACAGACAUUUUCUUUACUGUAGAACUGAAUCAGUUUGAGGCCUGGAGUUCAUAAACUGAUUGUCUAGAUCAUUUCAGCUCUUGGCAGCCUAAGUGAUUUAUAAGCAAAGCAGUUUUUUAUCACUUUACUUGUGUGCAAUUUUGACACAGUCCUAAAAACAUGGUAAUCACAGUGUCUGUGUAUGUUAAAAUGAUGCUGCACUCCAUAGAUUUUGCCAUAGUUUUAAGACUUUGUCACCAAUUCUUUAUCUUUAUAUUGCUCAAUGUGUCUUUUUUCUGUCAUUUUUUGGCAUUUCCAUUAUUUUAUCAAUCUUUUUCACUUGCCUUAAUGCAAUUUUUGUGAUUUCCUUGCGUUAGAGAUGUCUUCAACUGUUCUGUGUCACUUUCACUAUCUGAACACCCACUACAUUAGAAUCUGGGAGUUUUUUGAGUUCUCAUUUUCUUUCCAUUUCUCCAGUCUUAAAAUAGGUGUGAUCUUUAACUGACUAUAGUAAAGACUAGUCUGAGACAAAUGCAUUUUUGAAAGUACCACACUUCUGGCAACAGGAGCCACUAAAUUGUAUUUAAGAGUCAAAAACAGACACAAAUGUUGGUGAUAUUGUAUGUGUUUGCGUCUUAAUAAUAAGGCCACCUGUUGGUCUUGGGCUCAGUUUUAACAACAGUACUGCUGCAUUACUCUGUUGUUCCACUAGACAUUGUACCAACCUGUUUUGUAAUUAUCUGCACUAAAUACACUAAAUGUCACUUCUUAUGCUUCUGGUACUGAGGCUCUUGAAAUGCUUUUGUGACAGUAAAACCUUUUUGUAAAAUACGGUACAGAGAAUUUACACUUAUUAUUACUAAAAUGACUAUUUGUGUAACUUUUGGUUCCUUGCAGAAAAAUUGUGGAUAUUAAUCAUACAAACAGUUUUAUUGUGUGAGUAACAGCUAAAGCAGCUAGCUUGUGCACACAGAGGAUCUAUUAUUGCUUCCCAGUGUCUCACCAAAAGUGCAUGUGAAAAGAGCUCUUUGAUGAUCCAUAGCUUAUAGAGGUCUUGUCAAAAUUCAUAAUUUUCAAAGUGGCAGACAAGUUGAUUAUAUUGUAUGAUAAUGUGUGGUGUUUACGCCAGUACAGUGAAAUGAUAAGAUCUCAUAUAUCAAAACAGAUGAGGUUACAAUGGAAUAAAAUCACUUCAAUUUUCAUACCUUAAUAGACAAUUUUCCUAAAAGUAAACAGACGGGUACUCCAAUUUGUAUGUAAGGUGCAGUGCAACUGCUAAACAGACCUUGCAAAAUCAUACCAGGGUGCAGUGUUUUAAAAAAUAAUCUGUUUGUCUCAUUUUUAUGUCUCAUUUAUAUGUAUAUUGAGGGAAAUGUGUAUCUCACUACAUGCCAAUUAUAGUGAAACCCAAAUGUCAUGAAUGCAUUUGAUUUCUUACAAAAAUGGAGAUUUAUUAAUCUGUAAAAUCCAAUAUCACCACUCACUGAAAACAAAUGUGUAUGAUUCACAGACAGUACUGUUA